AUGGAGCAGGAUCAAAGGAGCAAGCGGUCAAAGCUGGCGCAACGACAGGAGGUCCCGGACUACGUGAAACGUGGCCUGCAAAUGUUGAUCGGCAUCAUGGCAACCGACUUGCUCUUGAACGUCCUACGUCUUCUCUUGAUCGAGGAUGAUAUCGCCAUCAGCGCCAUUGCCGGCGUCCAUAUUGCCGCUGGGCUGAUUUCGCUCAGCAUAAUCAUCAUCUUGGUCAUCGACACGGUGCCCUGGCGUUCGGGUCGGCAAUGGCAAGCCAUUCGCCUUGUCUUGCCCGGGCUCUCUUCCAGUCUCGCACAAGCGGCCUCGGCCACCAGCGUCUUGAUCAUGGGCCAG